AUGAGGAACAGGGCUACGACACCAUUGAGCAAGGCGAAAAUCCGACAAUCAUGGAGCAAAUAUAACCUUUUCAACCUCAAUCGGUUCCGCGCCCCUCCCACCGUAAACCGAACGUUCUUCCAGCAAAAAUGGUCCGGCAAAUCCGUUGCCCGAGCGUAUCAUGGUGAACAGGUCCCCGAGAGUCAAUGGUCGCGCAUGUUCACCCGCCGCAUCCGCAGCGUCGUCCCCAUGGACCCGGUAAAACUGGCCACCGACGAUGGCUCCAAGAUGUCCGCUGGUCGUGGGUCGGGUCUGGAAACCGAGGCGGAUGCCAGUGACUCCAAAUCCUCCACGACCCCCUUCACACAGAUGACGUUUGCUCCCCUGGAGCGUCGGCUAGAUGUAGCUAUCUUCCGGGCGAUGUUCGCUAGCAGUGCCCGACAGGCUCGGCAGUUUGUUGUGCACGGUGCAGUUACAGUGAAUGGAAAGAAGAUGAGAUACCCUGGUUACCUCCUGAAUCCUGGCGAUCUGUUCCAGGUCGAGCCGGACCGUGUCAUGUACGCCACUGGUGCUCCCAAGGACAAGUUCGAACGCCGAGAGUCGCGUGUCGCGAGAAAGAAGGGGGCGCAGUCGACCGAGGGCGAAGCCGCCGAGGGAGAAGAGGGUGCGGUGGCGGAAGAGAAGGGAGACAACAAAGAGGAAUUGGACACAGCAGCCGCCGAGGAACAGCCGAAGGAAAAUCCCAAGGAAGCAUUGAAGACCCUCCUCACCCAGGCCAAGACUAUCAUGUCUGACAGCAAGGACGUGCUCCCCGCCAAACGCAAGCAGGAGCUGCGCGGCUUCCAGAAGGCCGUCCGGAGAAUCCUGUCGCGGUCCGAAUCGAGCACAGUCUUGACCGACAACCUCGAGUCUCAGUUCUCCGAGCUCGUCACGCUUCUGAAAGCCAAGAAGGCUGAGAAGAAGAAAGGCGGGAAAGAGUCCGCGGAGUCGAAACCGGCACAGGCCACCGAAGCCUCCACCGCCGCUUCUGAAUCGAACCCUACCACUACUGCUUCCGCCCAGGACCAGCCCACCGACAAGCUCACCGAGGCUUUCCAGAAGGCAGCCCUAGACCCCGAGGCGGACGUCGACACAUCCGAACUGACGGACGAUGAAUUCGAGGUGCUGCGCCGCGCGCUCAUUCAGAUGCGCGACAACCCGAUCGACCACUCCAAGCCCUACGCUACCCCCUGGCGCCCCCGUGACUAUAUGGGCGCUUUCGCCUUUAUCCCUCGCUAUCUUGAGGUCAACCACAACAUCUGCGCUGCCGUAUACCUGCGCCAUCCCGUAGCACGGCCGGGACGCACCGAGGUGCCGACACCAUUCCCCGAGAGCGUGGGCACGGCUGCAUUUGCGUGGUACUUGCGGAGACGGUAG